AUGGCAUUUCAGGUCAUUCGCGUCAUCCCCCGCUCCUCCCGCCCCCAGGGUGUUCGCUUCAUAACAGGGUCUGCGAUGAACCCGAGCGAUCUGCGUCGCGCAGCCGUGGAAGUUGCAGAGGCAAUUUUCAUCAUGGCAGAACGCGCGCGGACGGCAAACGACACGGAUCGCCACGCUGUCUUGCGGGCGUGGGCCGUCAACGACUACGCGCCAGACAGAAAACUCUACGUGCAGAUCAUGCUGCUUGAGAACAUCCGGCACGUGAGUUUUGCCCACCGCGUCAUGUGUUUCAGCGAACUUCGCUUCUCCCUCCUCGCCCUCUCCGCCCAGUGCCCGGGCAUCUCAACCCUCCUCACCAACAUGGCACACGCCGUGGACCGCGACGAUGACGUGGUGUUUGAUGGAACGAGCGACCCGCUCGGUGCGUACCAGCAGGCGGCGCAGAAUCAGGUGUUUGAGAGUCUUCUUGACACCAGCCCCGUGUUCUCCAGCUACGAGGGCGAGGCAUUCUUCGAGGCAGCCGCAGACCUCGUCGAACAGAAGGUGUGCUUGCUCGGCAUCAAGCGGGAUGGCGUGGUGAUCCUGAAUCCAACGCCGUGCGUCCAUCUUCGUGGCAGUGACGUCUGCAUCUACAUCUCCCGCGCUCGCGACAACGAGCUGCAUGUGAAGGCGAUGGGAACGUUGGCAAUGCUCGAAUCCCAACGCGAUAACAAAGACGACGAUGAUGACGACACGGACAACAGUGACGAGAGCACAGAUGAGGAGGACGAAGGGCGGGAAAUGAACGGAGGGUCCUCGAGCAGCGAAACUGGAGAAUCGUCAUCAACUGCAGGCACUGGGAGUGAUCGCGACACAUCCGCGCCGCCGCGCCUGCGCACAACAUCUGGCGACGGCGGAAGCGAACCACGCAAGGGCCGACGUGGUGGUGGUAUCGAUGCGCUGAGGGGAGCACGCACGUCGGCACGAGCGCUGACAACCGUUGCGGAGGGAGCAGCGACAGAGAGAAGAGGCAGCCGGAGCCGAUCUGUGGACGUCGCGUCCAUGCUCGGAUCAGACAGGGGCAGCACCAGCGCCAGCGCAAGUGCAAUUGGCGGCGACAACGCCCACACUGGCGGCAAUGCUGGCGGUGGUGGUGUUGACAGGCAGAUGAGUGGUGGUCGAUCACCAACGCAGACGCAACUGCCGACGCAUGUGCGCAUGAACGUGACUGUCGAGAGUGAGAGCGAUGUGGAGGAUGACCGCACAGGCAGCCCUGGCGACGGGCACACGCGCAAAGGACGAAGCGCAGCAGCGCAGCGCGGGCGCCCGGCAGAGCACGGUGCGUCGUUGCCUGCAGGCACGUCGACGUCACCAUCGACCACGCCCACUCCAGCGUCAUCGGCCGUGCGGGCUGCACCUGCGCGCGGCCGCUCAGCGUUCACGCGCUCGCCAACACUGCGCACCCCAGUCAGCAUGGCCAGAGCACGACUGUCGCCGCCCAAGACAACAGCGGCACCAACAGCAGCAGGGCUGGCAGCAACAGAAGCAACACGCGCCGCUGGUGGCGGUGGAGGCGGUGGUGGAGGAGGAGAGCAGCAUUCACAUGGCAUUGAGGGCGAUGCUCCGCUGUCAUCGCUUGGUCGCUCUGCUCCGCGUCGCGUGUCACUCAUGGACACGACAUCCAUCAACAGCCGUGCCUCCGACCUCACGUCACGCGCAGACGAGUACGUGAUUGUGCAGGUGCGGCUGAAGGAGCAUGCCAUGUACCACGGCAGCCCGCGCCACAAGUGCCACUUUGUCGAGUACCGUGACUCUGGGCUCGAUCGUGAGCGAACUCUCGUCGCCGUGUCGCGACCAGAAGACGACCUGCCUCUCACAUGGGAGCACGUCAACACGGAGAGCCCGAUCAUCUUCCACCGCUCGGCGCAGGUGCGUCGCAGCCAGAGCCUGCGCCGCCUGUCGGAUGUGGGCGUGCCAGCUGCUGCCACCACUGGAAAGGGCGGUGGCAGCACAGGUAGCAGCAGCAGCAGCAGCAAUGGCGGUCACGCGGGUGAUGCCGAGGCAGGGGAGCGCGCUCGAACCCACACAUCUCCUCCCACCAGCCAGCAGCAGCAACAGCAGCAGCAGCAUGGAGGGAAGCGAGGGGCAGUGCACCCAACAGCAGCUGGUGAUGGCGAUGACAGUGAUGCGACGCCGAUGCAGAGGCUUCGGCAGAUGAUGCAGCAGCGAAAGCGCGAAGAGAAGCUGCAACUAAAGCAGCGGCAGCAACAGCAGCAGGAGGACGUGCAGCCUGCAUCGUCAUCUGUUGCUGCGGCGUUGCUGUCGGCCGGUGUGAUCUCCGCGCAUCCCCAAUCAGCGGCCGCCAUCAAGAAGUCCAAGACACCACCGGGCACUCGGCGACGCAUCGUUGAUGAACGGCACGCCAGCAGCGAUCCCAAUGCACGCGGUGGUGGUGAUAGUGGCGGCAAUGGUAGUGGUGAUGCUGACGCACACGACACGCAAAUGCCUGCAGGCAACGGCAGCAACGGCAGCAACGGCAGCGAGCACGUCAUGCACUCUGCGGAAUCGCACUCCGCACCCGGGCACAGUGAGGACGAGCGGCUGGAGCAGCGCAAACCCGCGUUUGUGGUGCUGGCACUGCCACCGGGCGAGCCUGCAGGCAGCGGUGUGUACCACUUCAUCCGCGUGCUGCGUUCUGCCACGCUGUCCCCAGAUGCGCUGCUGCCGAUCGUGGUGCUGGUCGCAGAGCAGUGGCAGCUGAGUCAGCGGCUGUGCAAGUUCAUGGCGCUGUUUCCACUCGUGUAUUACCACGUCGGUCAUCUCGAGACGCCGCGCUCCCUCCUGCGCGCCUGUCUUCGCGGAUCAAGGAUUGUGCUGGUGCUGGCGCCCGGCGUGCGGGAUUUGCACGGCGAGAACUGCAUGAUUGACGCACCGAACAUCAUGGCCACGCAGAACGUCCACGACGUGUUCCCCGACAUCAAAGUGCUGACAGAGCUGACGCACCGGCCCAACGUUAAGUUCGUUCGCUUUGUUGCCGCAGACCCCGACGACCUGCGCCAAUCGCUCAGCGUUGAGGAGGUGACCGCGCCCUCGCUCAGGACAGGUUCUCUGCGCGCACCACCGCCGUCCGCAUUCAGCAAAGCGCUGACGAAGACAAUGGCCAACGCUACGCUCUCUGCCGCCGCAACGUGGAGAAACAGGUUUCAAUCGUAUUCGGCGUCGUCCACAGAAUUCCUCUUCCGCCAAUCGUACGCGUCCGGCCAAGUGUUCACGACGACAAUGCUUGAUGCACUGCUGUACCAAAGCAUGCGGCCGGAAAAGGAAUCCUUGCUGGAGGUGUAUCGACUGCUGCUGGGCUGUGAGGAUGACAACAACUUCCCUGCGCUCUUCUCCCUCUCCGAGGACUUGGUUCGGAAGCGCAACAUCAAGGACUACGGCGAUGUGUGCCGCUAUUUUCUGCUGAAGAAGCACUGCGUGGUUCUGGGGCUCAAGAUUGAGCGAGUGAUGGCCCGGUCAGUGCACGAAUCACACAAGAAGAAUCUGUUUGAUCGCAUCAAGGCCUCGCCAAGGGCACGCCUCAGCAGAACGUUGUCUGGAUUUGUGCUCCAAGCGAUUCUGCCGAAUCCAGACGAAAACUUUGCUGUCGAAGCAGGCGACAGCGUGUUCCUGUUGCAGCGGCGUCUGGACUGGCGCAACAUUCAUCGAGGUGUGGCUGGCAUGAACUUGACACCUGGACAACGUGCCGUUGGGCUGCUGACACAAUAUCGGCCCUCCGUCAUGGCAAAGCGAUGGCUGCACAAGGCGCGCAAGCAUCCAAACGAACACCAGUGCCCUUUGAAGGAGGAAGCCGAGGAAGGAAACGAAGGCGAACAACAACAGCAGCAGCAGGGUGCAAGCGUCAGCGGUGCUGCUGGUCGUAUCGUGCCGCUGAGCUUGCGCGUCGACAGUGUCGAUGUGCACUCGGCAGAGGCGGCCGACGACGAGGACGAGGCUGACGAUGAUGAGGAUAUGAGAGACGUGGGUAUGGUGGAUGAUGAAGUGCAGCGUGUGCAGCCGGUGCAGCAGGGUGGUGAGGGUGUGGCUGGACGAGGGCUGGUGCACGGGUCAGCGCGGCUACACGAUUUCUUGGAAGAAGAUGCGGAAAUGGUCGCAGAGGCGGGCGCGGAAGCAGCGAGGAAAGAGAGGGGAGAGGUGCAAGGACAACACCAGGCGACAACAGCAGACAGGCGCACAAGUCACGCAUCGUUGUCUGCGCCUGUGACCAGUCACACCUCGCCAUCCGUCUCCCCUAACAUUGACACCGAUACAACUGUGUCCGUGGUGUGACAGUAGGAAUAGUGCCAUGCAUUUGUGUGAUGUUCUGAUGUUAUGAUGUUCUGUGUGUGUGUGUGUGUAUCAGUGUGAGGUUAUCAGUGUGUGUGUGUGUGUGUUUAGCUGCCAUCUGCAGGUUAUUUCGUUGUUUGCUCACCCGUUGUUACAUGUGUCACAUCCGCGCAGUUGUUACGUCUUGCAGUCGAGUGUGUUCAUUUCAUGCUUGGGGGGUUUCACUCACAGCUGGCUGGGUUUUGAGUCUUGUGGCCGUUGUGGUGUCACACUAAUUGAAAACGACUACGCAA